GAUUUUGGGGUUGAAUCAGUUCAUUUCUUUAUCUUUUGUUGGUUUUUGGAUGAAACCCUUUUUGUUUGUUUUCUUGAUUUCUUGGCUGAUGUUCAUGAAGUAAUUGUACGUGGUUUAUAGAUAGAAAGUUUUGGUGCAAGAUUGCUUCUUUUAGUUCAGUAACAUAUUAUUGAUAUCAUUUAUUGCCAACGCCAUCAAGAAUUGCCACAUUUUGAGUUUUAGUCCGAUUCUUGGGGGAUAGGUGUUUGAAAAGGCUGUUGGUUUUGAGUUAGUAGAUUGCAGAGAUCAAUUGGCUGGAAAGAUGUUCGGGUUUAGGAAAUCACCUGCAGAGCAACCUGAGGAUGACAAGAAGAAUGCCGCUGCUCCUGCACGAAGAGCUUCCUCUGAACCAUCACUUGGUUUGCCAGAUGAUCCCGAAGAUUAUUUUGGAAAAGCUCCCAAGAACAAGCAGAAGAAGGACUUCGACAGCAUGUCCCAGCAAGAAUUGGAGGGCUAUGCUGUAAAUCAGGCUGAAGAGACGACGAAAUCUGUGAACAACUGUUUGAAGAUCGCUGAGGAUAUUAGACAGGAUGCUACUAGGACCCUUGACACACUGCAUGAGCAGGGCGAGCAGAUCCACCGGACACAUGUGAUGGCUGCCAAUAUGGACAAAGAUUUGAGCAAGGGUGAGAAAUUGUUGAACAAUCUUGGGGGAAUGUUUUCAAUGCCUUGGAAGCCAAAGAAGACGAAGACUAUCACAGGCCCGCAAACGUCAAAAGAUGAUAAUGAUAGAGGAAAACGAGGCACCGCAGAGGAACGAGAAAAGUUAGGCUUAGGUACCAAGGGAAAAGGCUCCCGUACACCUCCUCCAGAACCAACUAAUGCUUUGCAGAAAAUCGAUGUGGAGAAGGCAAAACAGGAUGACGGGCUUGGCGACCUUAGCGAUAUAUUGGGUGAACUGAAGGGCAUGGCAGUUGACAUGGGAACUGAACUAGACAGGCAAAACAAGGCCCUUGAUGAUCUUCAAGAAGAUGUUGACGAACUAAACAGUCGUGUUAAGGGUGCCAAUCGACGUGCACAGAAGUUGCUUGAUAAGUGAAAUUCUAGCUCGGAACGUAGAGACCUGAAUAGCUCACCAACAAAGUUACAAUCCAACCGAUUGUUUCGUUUCCGGUUGAAACUGAUUACCUUGAGCUGAGGAUGAAUCCAAGAAGUGAUGUGUUUGCAGUCAUUUUCUUGAGAAAAUAGUUAAGUCAAGUUUGUUGUAAUUUACACCUUCUGAUGUUUGCUUUCAGUAGAAGAACUUCUGUUUAUGUUGUAUUGAGCAGUACUUUUAAUGUUUGUUUCUGCUAAUGUUUAGUUUUACUUUCAAUAGAAGAAAUUCUCUGCAAUUUUUCCAAGUUCAUUUUA